GGCGGGUGGCUAUCCGCUGACUCUGCUCGUGUUAUGCCACUUUUGAAAGUGGUGACAGAGCCAAAGGUAUGUCCUCCUGUCUUUAUGAGUGCCUUUGUGAGGCAGGAUUGGAGCGGUAUUACACUCACUUCACGGCGAUGGGGUAUCUGAGAACACAGGAGCUGGCGAAGCUCUCCAUGAAUGAUUACUCCAUUUUGGGAGUAAACAGUAUGCAUGAUCGAAAACGUUUGUUCCAUCUGAUUCAGAUCAUAAAGGCUGUGCAGGAAGAGGAACAUGACUGUAGUGCAAGCAGUGGACAAGCCCAGACAGGCUCACUUAACCUGUGGGUGGAGAGAGAGAAAACUGGUCCUCGACCGCACUUGGACUUUGUUUCCUUGAGUAACAAAGGGGACCAGUUAAAUCAGGAUUUGGAGUCGGAUCGUUCUGCUCAGUUAUUGUGUGUGAAUCGACAUCAGGACACUGGUUGUACAUUAUUGGAUUCUACUUCACCGGUGGACCAACUGCACACCAGACAUUUUGUGAAGGAAGUACAAAGGUUUCCUGAGGGGGAAGAUUGCUGCUCAAUGAUGUUCAUGCCUAACAACAACUCCAGGGAUUCUGAAGAUAUUGAAAUGCCAAAUUUACACAAGAUCAUACACGUUUCAGGAUAUAACUAUGGGCUACCACACUCUGUUCUCAGGUACCCGGGGAAAGACCAAGUUUGGACUGACACAGAGAAAAUCCGGGUCUGUGUUAGAAAGCGGCCACUGGGAGCUCAAGAGGAGAGACGGGGAGAAGUAGAUAUUGCAAUGGUGGAAGAGAGAAAAUCUGUCCUUAUUCAUGAAAGAAAGGAAGCUAUAUGCUUUGAUUUAAAUGAUUAUAUGAUUCAUUUUCAGCAUGUUUUUUAUUUUGAUGAAGUGUUUGAGGAGACUUGCACCAAUUAUGACGUGUAUUUGAAAACUACUUAUCCCCUCAUCCAGCAUGUGUUUAAUGGUGGGAAGGCAACUUGUUUUGCAUACGGACAGACAGGAGCUGGAAAAACUCACACCAUGAUUGGGACUUCUCAAAAUCCUGGGCUUUACGCACUUGCUGCUAAGGAUCUCUUCAAGGAGCUGAAGACGUCCAAACCAGGGUCACGUCUUUUCAUCUGGAUAAGCUUCUAUGAAAUGUACUGUGGCCAACUCUAUGACUUGCUCAACGGUCGAAAAAGGCUGUUUGCCAGGGAAGAUGGCAACCAUGUAGUGCAAAUCGUGGAACUGCGUGAAAUUAAGGUGGAUGGAGUGGAAUCCUUGUUAGAGGUGAUUUCUCGGGGGAGUAAGGGACGGAGCACAGGUGCUUCUGGGGUGAAUACAGAUUCCUCACGCUCACAUGCUGUCAUUCAGGUCCAGCUGAAAGACCCAGGUGAUUUUGUUGUUGGAAGGAUUUCUUUCGUUGAUCUCGCGGGGAGCGAGAGAGCUGCUGAUGCCAGAGAUUCUGACAAACAAACAAAAAUAGAAGGAGCAGAAAUAAAUCAGAGUCUCCUAGCUCUUAAAGAGUGCAUUCGAGCUCUGGACCAGGAGCACGCUCACACGCCCUUUAGGCAAAGCAAACUUACUCUGGUACUGAAAGACUCAUUUAUUGGGAAUUCUAAGACUUGCAUGAUAGCUAACAUAUCACCUAGCCACGUAGCCACGGAACACACACUGAACACACUGCGCUACGCAGACAGGGUAAAGGAAUUGAAACGAGCUGUCCGAACCUCCAGCACAAAUUAUACAGGAAUAGUUCGAAGCCCUUCUCCAAAACGUACCAAAGAAACGCCUUCCAAAAGCUGGGGAGAAAAAACUGCACUGCAAAAGGUGAAACUGGGAUUUCCGCCUUCCCACUGUGUAGCUCAAAGUGCAAAGAAACCGAAGUCAACUCCUUCUGUUUUUCAUCCAUCCAACGUUCCUCUCAGUUCCACGCCGAAAGGGGCAGAUAAAAACCACGUUUCCCAGGAAAUCCCAAAGGAAAUCUGGCUUGGUCACACUACACCCAUUAAGGGAAUGUUUAAAACGGGAUGCUUUGGUGUCAAAAAGAACGGUGGGCGUUCAAACGACAAGAUCAGUGUUAUUAAAAGUUUACUUCAUGAUUUCCAAACUGAAGCCUCUCACAUUGGAGGGAGAAUGAAAUAUGAACAUAAAAAAUCUCAGGUUCAGGAAAAACAAUCUAAAAAUCAGAAGAUCCAAGCGGUUUAUCCCAUUCAAAAAGAAAUUGUUUCAAGAAGUAGAAUUUGCUUUACUGAUCAGACGAACAAAAGUGAUUCUAUUUGUAAAGAAAGUGCUGCUCAAUGUUUGGAAAAUGGGCUUCACUUGCAUGGUAAUCGUUCAGAGUCAAUAGUGGACAUGCAGCUACUGCAAAAGGAACGGGAAAGACACCUAUAUCUUUAUCAUCAGCAACUUCAGCAGCUUCAGCAACCACUACUGCUGCAGCAGAAGCUUCCUUAUCAACCCCUGAAAGAGCUUUAUCUGCAGUAUAACCAACCUAAAAUUGGAAUGUACAAGGAAAAUGUUAGCCAUGUUUCCUCAACGCCAUCUGAAGUCCAAAGGUCAUAUGAUCAGGGUGAAGGUAAUAAUAGUCGUGAUUGGUUCCCUGACUGUCAAAGCCAAACUGUGCAAGUAGCAAAGGGAGAAGUGAGAGAAAGAAAGAACAGUCGAGAGCUUUUGUUUUACAAAGAUGAUAAUCAGAGGGAAGAAGACAGCAAGGGAAAUAGCUCAGAGUGUAGAACUGAAGACUGCAUAGCAUCUCAUUCUUCAGGAGAUAAUACCAUACCAGAGAAACUAAAUGCAGAAGAGAAUACUGUCAGUGGACAAGAGAGGCUGGGUAAUUUCUCAACUGAUCCUGAAAAUAUUACACGAGAUAAAAACACAGAACUUUGUUCAAGUGGGCACCAAGCUGCCUAUGAUGGUGUUUCACAACAUCUCAGGAACCACUGUACUGAAAACAAAGUUUUGCUUCAAACCCAAGAAAGUACAGACUCCCAUUUCAAUUUGCAGUCAUCAAUAAAAAGGCAGAAGGGAGCUCAGCCAUUGCUCACAGUUAUUAAUAACACAAUUUCAUCCAUUGACUGCAUUCCUGAAGAUUCAGUAAAUGUUUCCAGUGACAUUUCUAUGAGGCCACUAUCAAAAUUGUCCUUUGAUGGUAUUGAAAGAAUGAUGGUUUCAGAUGACCAGUUUAUUUCUGAAAUGGUUUUAGCAGGUGGCCUUCUUGAGAAAGAUGAGGCGUCAACACAAUUUUGUCUUAGAAACUGGGCAAUUACAUCACAAGAUUAUCUUCUUGAAGAUCCAAAAACUUCUUCAGACAAAUUUCACCACAAGGAAAGAUCAAAUUGCUUUCAAAAUCUUCUUUUGAAUGGUGAGCUUAAAAGGGAGACAUCCUCUCUACACGAUGGAAGUAGCCAAUGUUCAAGCAUUAACUGUGCAGAGACUCCCUGUAAAGAUCUCAAGAAUUCAACAGUGAACUCGCCAUCAAAGACAGGCAAUCGAGGUGCAAGUCUUCAACAUCCACCAGCACAGGCUUUCAGUUAUAAAGAAUCACUUGUUGUCUUAUCUUGUGGGAGUCAGCUCUCUGAAGAUACCAGUGAGCAAACUGAAUGUAACCAUUGUAACCAAGACACAAAAUGCUUUGUAAGUGGACUUUAUGAUGCUGACACUGAAGAAACUGAAAUCACUUUAGAGCUCCCGUAUGAUAUAGUUUCAUCACCUGGCGAAGUAGAAAGCCCUACCAGCCCAUGUCUUAACUGGUUAAAGAUGCAAGAUAUUCCUUCCACUCCGACUAGAGCCGACAGCAGAAGAAAGGAAAAAAUUAAGAAUGUUGAUUUUCAACGGCUACAAGAAUCAAUAGACACGGCAGGAAAAAGCAAUGUUCUACUUCCAAUCGAAUCUGAAGAGCUCCAUAAGGAGUCCAAAGCAAAUGGAUUUCAACCUCAGUGCGAGUCUAAUAGUAAGGAAUUGCUUAGCACAUGUAAAGAAAAUUUACUUUGGAAUACUGUUCCGUUUAGCCUGGUUUGUGCAGAGAAAGAUUCCAGUCUUUUUAACAAGUGUUCCGCAAUGCCCAAUAAAAGCAGAGAAGGAACUAGUCAAAAUGUAGUGUGUCAUCAGAUGGACGGUGAUCAGUUAAAACAUCAGAGCGAGUUAUUUACCAACCAAAUGGAGGCACUAGGAGAACAACAAAAACAUAUUGUCCAAGCUCACUGUGAGCAGUUGGAAGAAAUGUUGGCUCUUUUUGAAAAGGAGGAAGAUUUGCUGAAGAAACUAAACAUAUCGGAUUUCAAGGACUAUGUGGCACAGCUUGAGCAAAUCAUGAUACUGAAGACUAAAUGCAUCCGAAACAUGCAAGGCCAGAUCCAUUGCUAUCAGAUGUCUCCUAUGGCAGCUUAUGAUGGUUAAAACCUAAGUACCUCUAUCUUAGAAAUAGUUAUUUAGUCUUUGACUGAUAGCAGGAUAUCCAGAUAACAGUGCCUAUACUUAAAUCUGAUUACUACAUCUUGCACUCAACUGGAAAAUACUAAAUUAAAUUUUUGCACAGCUUUACCAUUUGGAAUCAAACUGUAAAACUGCUUUGCAGAAAACAUUUGCUAGCUCUUAAAUACUUCCUUGUGAUACCAGGCUCCUGCACAUGCAACAUUGGAAGCAUUUGAAAUAAUGCUAAUUUGAAAUAAUAGUGUGGUUAAUAGUUUAUUUCAUACUAACUGUACAUCUUGCAGUUUCGCUUGCAACCAAAGGAUCCAAUAUGGA